CCCUGCUGCCUUCUGGGAAGACAUAUAGAAGUUUCUGCUGCUGCACCACCAGACUGCAGAGCAGCUUUUCCCCUCAGACUGAGACUCCUCUUUUCAUCCUCACCAUUGCACCAUGUUGUGUCUUGGAUUAUCACCAUCUGGAUAUUUGGAUCGCUAACAAUCUUCCUGCUGGCUCGUGUUCUCGGUGGUGAGGUUUCCUUCGGCCAGGUUCUCGGAGUGAUUGGAUAUUCCCUUCUUCCUCUCAUCGUUAUAGCCCCUCUGCUCUUAGUGAUCGGAGGGUUCGAGGUGGUUUCUACACUAAUCAAACUGUUUGGAGUGUUCUGGGCUGCUUACAGUGCCGCUUCACUGCUCGUCGGAGAUCAGUUUAAAACAAAGAAGCCCCUUCUCAUAUAUCCCAUUUUCCUUUUGUAUAUCUACUUCCUAUCACUAUAUACUGGUGUGUGACUGGAUGAGUUAAAUCUGUGGACCUUUUUAUGGACAGUGAUCCUGGAGCACGGGCAGGAAAAUGCUAUGGAAGACAGGAUUUUUUUAAAAGAGAAUUUCUUUUUUAACUCUGUCAAAUUCAAAGGUGGGGAUGUUUAGAAUAUAAAUCGGUGUGUAUAUAUAAUUUUGUCCCUUUAUGUCUUCAGUCAAUAAAAUGCAUCUGCUUUUACAGCUUAAACUGUAUUCAGACUUGUGGUUCACCAGUGCAGAACAGCCCCCACAGUCCUGCAUUUACUUGUAAUUCAUGAAGCAGGAAAUGGGCUCAGGGUUGAACUUUAAUUUAUUGAUUUAUUUUGACUCUUUAUCCCACUGAAGUAUAUGGUGCCAAAUAUCUGUGUGUAUAUGUUCAUGCCGAAGGAAGAAUUUGAGGAAAGAGACACAGAAAGAAAGAGAUUGUAGAGCAUAAUGUUCUUCAUUGUUAUCCAUUGUAAUGUACUAUGAGAUAUGUCCAUUUAUGCUUUUCAUUUUUCAUAGACUUGUUUUCUAUAUUUAUGGAUUGCAAGUCGAUUAGGGCAAUUGGAGUGAUAUAAACAAUUGUCUGCUAAAUGUGGUGCCUUGUUUUCCCACCUGAGUCCUGUUUUCAACUGUUCAAUACAGGAAUAUAAUAAUUUGAUCCGUUAUUACAGAAAAUCAAUAGAUUGUGAUUUAACA